AUGGGGAAUAUGUCAAGGCAGGAUUGUCUGAAUUGGAACAGUGGUGCUACAAAGCAACUGAAGAGGAAGUUGAGUCCUGCAGCUCUAAUUUAUGCAGGAUCAGCUUGGGAUGAGCUCAAGCACCUAAGACAAGCUAUUGGAUUCCUGGUUAUUCAUGAGAAGUCAAAGAAGACACUAGAUGAAAUAAUUUAUGAUCUGUGCCCAGUAAUUUCCAAAAUGAGGGUGCUGAUGACGAAAGAUUCAAACAAUGCUGUCGGAAGCUCAUUCUUGCUGGAUGAUGAUUCAAGCAUACCAUUCUCGGUUGAUGACCUCUCCAAAUCAAUGGAACAGAUCAAUAUAGCGGAUAUUGAGCCGCCACCACCACUUUGUGAUAAUUCGGGUUUCAGUUUCUUAUGGUCACGUGCUGAAUCAUGA